AUGCUGUGUGUAAGUGCUGUUAGACCAGGAUGCAGCAGCUGCUGUUCAGAGAGAAGGAGCUCCCAACAAGUCCAAGGCCUCCAGCACAUGGAAGCAGUGACUACAGCAGAGCUGUUAGAUGUAACCAGAGCAUCCCUUUCUCUACCUCCUCUGCAACUCCUGCAGCUCCAUAGCCUCCAGAGCUGGAGGUACAGCACACAGGGACCUUGGAGUUACACUGAUUCUUUCCAGGAGCAAGAUGUUGUGGAGGGGUUCAAAUGGCAGAGACCAGGCAUCCCAUUUGGAGCUGCCACAUCCUAUGUACAUCUAGAGAAGCUGUGUGAAGGAUCCUGUGCGACUGUGUACAAGGGGAUCAGCAGGAUCAACAGCCAGGUGGUGGCACUGAAAGUCAUCAAGCUGGAGGCAGAGGAGGGAGUGCCCUUUACAGCCAUUCGGGAAGCUUCUCUUCUCAAGUGCUUGAAACAUGCCAACAUUGUACUGCUUCAUGACAUUAUCCAGACCAAGGAGACACUAACAUUUGUCUUUGAGUACAUGCACACAGAUCUAGCACAGUACAUGAGCCAGCAUCCUGGAGGACUCCAUUUGUGCAAUGUUAUGCUCUUCAUGUUCCAGCUUUUGCGUGGCCUGGCUUACAUCCACCAACAACACAUUCUUCACCGAGAUCUGAAGCCCCAGAACUUGCUCAUCAGUUGCCUUGGUGAGCUCAAAUUAGCCGACUUUGGGCUUGCUCGUGCCCAGUCCAUCCCCAGACAGACAUACUCCUCUGAAGUUGUGACACUCUGGUACCGUCCUCCUGAUGUGCUGCUUGGAGCUACAGCUUAUUCUUCUGAUAUAGAUAUCUGGAGUGCAGGCUGUAUAUUUGUGGAAAUGAUCCAGGGUCAGCCAAUAUUUGCAGCAACUUCUGGUACUCAUGAACAACUGGAGAAGAUCUGGGCGGUAUUGGGGGUCCCAACUGAAGAUACCUGGCCAGGACUUUCCAAGCUCCCCAACUAUAACCCAGAACUGGUUGCUUCCAGGAGACCUCAGAGCCUCCGAGUCAUCUGUGACAGGAUGAGCAGGGUGCCAGCAGCAGAGAAUUUGGCCUCCAGGAUGCUCACAGCCUUCCCUCGAGGCCGAAUCUCUGCACAAGAUGCGCUUCUUCAUGGCUUCUUCAGCCCUCUGCCUCCUCAGCUCUACCAGGUCCCUGCUGGACAAUCAGUGCUCACAGUUCCAGGGGUGAGACUGCAACCUGAAAUCUGUGACCUGUUUGCUUCUUAUGGAAAAGGCCGUGUCUCAGGAGGUUUGAGCAAGUUUUGGUAGAAACCAUGGAUGAUUGAAUAAUUGUUGGAAAGCAAUGUCAGAAGGAUUGACUUGGCAACGAAGAGGUAACAGCACAGUCUGGACAGUGGACUUGCAGAAUAUACUCAGCCAUGUGUCACUUAAUAGAGAGCUCCCUGGACCAGAAGAUCGAUGUACAAACAGGACAGAUGGGGACUGACAAUUGAAAGAAUGUAGAGGCUCAUCCAAGGCUUACAGAGACCUGUCAUUCCUGGGGUAUGCCUACAAUCUCCUUCAACAAAAGAGCUCCUGAGGGAAGGAGGGGAUUAGUCAAAAGUUGAGUGAAGUCUCCAGGGAAGAUGGUUUCUUGGAUAGAGUUGUCAACAAAAGGAAUUGUUUAAGACUGUUUGUGAUAAUUUCCUAGAGGGAGCUUCUGCCAUUACUAACAGGAUUACCAGCACACUGGUUCCACACCAGCAGAGCAUUAGACAUGUGCAUUGCAGACUGGUUGCUUAGAGCUGAACUCGGGGGUCUUAUACAGCAUCCCAAAUGUGUGCAGGUGUUGAUGAGCAGAGGGGAGAUGGCAGAGAAUUAAGAUGCAGCCAAAUGCAGUCCAUUUUUGGUCCAGCUGUUGCAGAGAGUCCUGGCUCAUUAAUGAGUUUCCACAGUGUUUUAAUCUCCUUGAUCUCAAGGCUGCUGACAGACCAUAAGAAGAAAAGUUAAUCUGAGGUGAGUGCUGAUGGGGAUACACGGGGAAAUCAGAGACCUCUUUCCCAACUGCAGUUACUCUGAAAUUUCUCAUAGAAUUCUUCCUGGAAGAAUUGGGAAAGCAAGUUAUUGACUGUGUUCAAGUACUAGUCUGUUUGGUUUCAGUUUUCUCAGAUACUUUUUCUUAGCUCUGGGACAUAGAAACCAGUAGCCUGGGUGUAAGCUCACAGUACAUCUGGGAAGAAAAGGAAGACGAAGAUAAAUCACUGAGGUGCAGACAUAUAAACCUUCUUGAAUAUUUUUAUUCAUCUGAGUAGUGUCACUGGCAUGGCUGGAAGACCUCUGAGCAAGAAUUAUGCAGAGCUUUGAGGCACUGGAACAAAACCAGUC